CAGUCCAUUCACAGUCCGUGCUGAGAAAAGGACGAAAAAACGAAAUUACACGCAAGUAUCUACAUAUCGUUAAUCCUAAGAGUAUUCCUCAAUCCCCAUAAAAGAAGGCGCCAUAUCUCCUUUCCCUUUCUCCUUCCAGUAUAUCCUUUUAGAUAUAAUAUCUUUUUCAUCAUCGUCUCCGGUCUACAGCCUGAUAUCCAACCUCAACGCCAUCCGAUACAGUUUCUGUUGUAUCUGCUGAAGAUCGUCUGUAUCCACCUCUCCUACCCUAGACGGAUCAUUCCUAAUGUUUUUUUUACCACCAAUAAUAGAUUUCGAUGCCUCGACGGCUGGAUUCGCCACCCGUGCAAUCCAUGUAGGCUCCGAGCCUAGUGGUGAGACUGGUGCUGUCAUCCCUGCCAUCUCCCUCAGCACCACAUACAAACAAUAUGCCAUAGGCAUUCACAAAGGGCAUCCAGGGAUUCGAAUACACUCGCUCCGACAACCCAAAUCGCCGCAGCUUCGGAGCAGGCGGUCAUACUGCCAUAGCAGUAGCUUCUGGGUCCAGUGCCACCGCGCUGCUUGUGACAGCUGCGGGUCCCAAUUCUAUCCGUCAACGAUGUCUAUGGUGGUACUGCCCGAUAUUUCACCCGAGUCGCAAAUGUCAUUCAAAACCUCGCUACCACUUUCAUCGACCUCGAAUCAGCUCGAAGUAUAUGACGCAUUCAAGAUAAUACAAAGCUAAUUUGGGUUGAAAGCCCAACUAAUCCCACGCUUCGCAUUAGUGACAUACCCCGAAUCGUUCGCAUCGCUAAUUCUCAUCCUUCUCGUCCACUCGUCAUAGUAGA